GACAGACCAACUGACAGACUGACGUCGAGGUCAGAUAGAGACAGAUCCAGACACCAGCUUGACACAACGGCCUCCUCGACCUCUACAUCCCACAGUCACACAUCCCAUCUCACACCGCCAACAACUGAAGACUCUAUUACCUCCCUUCCUCCGUCCCUGGCUUCAACAUGAGACUUCCAGAGCGCCACACUUUCUACGCCGGAAAGCCUCAACCAUCCUCAUCUUCACCCAAUACCUUCUCCUCGGUCGAUCCCUCAACAGGCAAAAAUGUCUGCACAAUCCACACAUCCUCCCAGUCCUCCAUUGACUCGGCCAUCUCGUCAGCAAAAGCAGCCUUCCCUUCAUGGUCCAGCACCCCGCCAAUCGAGCGAGCCCGAAUCCUGCACAAAGCCGUCUCAAUACUUCGGUCUCGGAACGACGAGCUCGCCAAAGUCGAAACCAUAGACACCGGCAAGCCCUUCUCAGAGACAUCCACUGUCGAUAUCGUCACCGGCGCCGAUGUCCUCGAGUAUUUUGCCAACCUGGUCGCAUCAGGCGGCUUGAACGGCGAAUCGUUCCGCCUCCGAGAUUCUGCUUGGGUCUACACUUCCAAAGAACCGCUCGGCGUCUGCGUCGGUAUCGGGGCCUGGAACUACCCAAUUCAGAUUGCGCUGUGGAAAUCAGCUCCGUGUCUCGCCGCCGGGAACACGAUGGUGUACAAGCCUUCGGAGGUGACACCACUGCAUGGUCAAUUCCUCGCCGAGGUCUACAAAGAAGCCGGCCUCCCUGACGGAGUAUUCAACGUCGUCUAUGGGGCGGGUGAAGUGGGCGCCUACUUGACGAAACACCCGGUCGUUGCCAAGGUUAGUUUCACAGGGCAGGUCUCAACUGGUCGCAAGGUUGCUGGUUCAGCCGCGGGAGAGAUGAAGUACGUGACCAUGGAACUGGGCGGGAAAAGCCCUGUCAUCGUGCUACCAGAUGCGGACGUCGAGCAGGCGGUGGACGGUGCCAUCAUGGCCAACUUCUUCAGUACAGGCCAGGUCUGCACAAACGGGACGCGGGUGUUCGUUCCAAAGCGCCUGAAGCCCGAGUUUGAACGAGUGUUGCUGCAGAAGAUGAAAUAUGUCCGCCCAGGAGAGCUGAUGGACAUGAAAACCAACUUUGGCCCGCUGGUCAGCAAGGUUCACUAUGACAAGGUGACAAGCUACAUCAAGCAUGGCAUCCAGGUGGACAAGGCGAAGCUGCUGCACGGCGGCCUCGAUCAGCCCUCACACCUCCCCCCACACCUGAGGAGCGGGUACUGGGUCCGACCGACCAUCUUCACCGACUGCACCGACGACAUGAGGAUCGUCAAGGAAGAGAUCUUUGGCCCUGUCAUGACCAUCCUGACCUACGACUCCCUCAACGAGGCGGUCGCGCGGGCAAACGACACGGAACUCGGCCUCGCCGCGGGCGUGUUUGGCAGAGACAUCAACCAGUGCCACGCCGUGAUCAAGCAGCUGCAGGCCGGUAUCACUUGGGUGAACACCUGGGGAGAAUCGCCCGCUGAGAUGGCCGUCGGCGGCUGGAAGCAGAGCGGUGUCGGAGUCGAGAAUGGACGGAGAGGCCUGGAGGCGUGGGUGCGCAACAAGAGCACGCUGGUGGAAAUGGGAGGCAGCGUCCCGACUGUCUUUGCCAAACUAUAAUAAUGACGAUGCCUGGUAGUAGUUACAUACGACUCCUGUUGAAUAAUGUACUGGAAGCGACGAUUUACGAUACUGCGCUUCAAAUCCUGAUUUCCAUCACAAAUAUAUAUCCAAACAUGUCAUUC